UAAUAAAGGAAAACCCCAGUCGUCUAUGAAGUGCUCCUCCUCGUAGGAGGUAGGAGGGAAGAAGAAGAAUUUUCGUUUUCUGAUAAUCCAAACAAAAAUUCCCUUACUCUCUAUUUCUCUCUAAUUCCUUCCAAAAUCCCAUCUUCUUUCUUAUAAAACUCUAGUUUUUUUGUUCUCAUCAUAUACAGACAAAGAAGAAGAAAACAAACACACAAAGGAAACGAUGCAACAGGUUUUUACUAUUGCUGGUAGAUAACGAAGAUAAUUGAACUAUUGAAGAAAGAUGGGUUGUUGUUGUUCCUCCAGAAGAGCUCAACUGGAUGGGGCUCCAGUGUACUAUUACUGCCCACAAGCUUUAGAAGAGCGUCAACCUUUGUCAGCAUCCGUCGGUACAUCUGCUCUCUCCACCGGCCUUUUAGUGGAUACUAAUCUCGACACGUCAACACCUGAUACUUAUCGGUCCCCCCCUGCACCAAUGCCUUACGAUACUGAUUUGGGACGUCCACCAACACCACCACCAGGAAGUACUCUGGCAAUUAGUGUCAACAAAAUUGAUACAGGAGCAAGAACAUCGGAUUCUGAAGCUCUAGGAGAAACUAUAAGUGGAAGUGCGUUUGAAGCAUGUUCAGUGAAGGAGGUAGAUUGCAAAAAUGAGGCAGAUUCGGUGCCUCCAUCACCAAAGAAGACAGAUGAUCUUGGAAAGUUGAAGGACCUUACUUCUUCCCCAACAGAAGAAGAGGAUUGUUGCCCAACCUGUCUUGAAGAGUAUGAUGAUGAGAACCCAAGAAUUAUUACAAAAUGCGAACAUCAUUUUCACCUUGCAUGCAUUCUCGAGUGGAUGGAAAGAAGCGAUACCUGUCCCGUAUGUGAUCAGGAAAUGGAUUUCGACCAAUCAGUUUGUAAUAUGUAGCUUUAAAGAUAAUUAAGAAACACGGAGGAACUUGUGGCGCGAUUAAGAAACGCAAAUUGUUGAUGCAAUGUGAAAAAAUGGGGCUUCUGUUGGUAGUAAUAGUCAGUUGCAUUCCUAAAAAGCUUUAGAUAGGUCAUAUGUCAGUUUCAAGCCGGACUUGUGUUAAACAUCAUCAAAUGUUUUUCUUGGUUCAGUCUCAUUAGGUUUUACCGUUUACACUGUAAUAGAGAAGCCUACAGCAAAUGAAAAUCAGUUUUUCCACUUAUUCCCCGAACUCCCCUCUUCUUAAUGUAAGUAUAUUUCUCGUCAGUUCCCCAAAUUGGUUAUAGCAGGAUUUGCUUUAUGGAUGGUUGUGAGCUGCAGGCAGGUGGGACUUGAUCCAAUCCUGAUUUACUUGUUGGCAAAAAAAGAAAAGAAAAGGGUUGGUUUGCGGCUUAUAUUUUAGUUUUCGUGGUUUGUUAGUUUUUCAGACCUUUUUUUUUCUUUUCUUUUUCUGUACAGCUAAUUUUAUCUGCAAACAAGGAUUACUGUAAGCAGUAUUUGAUUAUACUUUUUCUCCUUUUCAUCUGUUUUUGCUGUAAAUACUAAAUGAUUAUUCGCCAUGGUUUCUUCUGUC